AUGCAAUAUUAUGAAGAUAUAGCAAAUCAUUUUCCGGGUGGAUUGUAUCGAUAUGUUCGUGUUGAAUCACUAUAUGAUAAACAAUCUGUUGAACAUGAAUUUUUUAUUCGAAUCUCUCAAUCAUUUCCAUUUAUGGAAAAAUUAUGUGCGACUGAUUGUCAUCCACAAAAUAAAAAACAAUCUUAUAAAUCAAUGAAUGAUAAUCAUAGUUUAUCAAUUAUUAAAUAUUUUUAUCUUAGUCAACUUGAUAUUGAAUGA